AUGGAGAUUAAUAUCGAGGCACCUCACGUUGGAAUUUGGCAUGCCAUCACACUCAGGAUGGUACACGGUUACGGAUUCAAGCUUGCAUCCCUAGGUAUCCCGCAAGCUCUAUACGCAGUCAAGAGCCGACUGUUUCCAUCUCAGCGCUGGAGAGGUAGCGACCCACGCCCAGGCUCUCUGAGCGAGGGUGGAAAUCACGUACAAUUUAGAGAUGUCACUGCGCUCCAGCAAGACCGCGAUUCGGUGAUCAGCCCAGUUCCGUGGCCGUACGACGCAGAUCAUGCAGGCUCCAUCCAGACACCACUCGCCACAACACCUCCUCGCCUUCGGAAGAAAACAUUUCACAAAGUGGUGGGAAGCUCGUCUGGUAUAAAAGCGUCCUUGCUGUUGUUUGUAGCACUACUGCCGUGGGCAUACACCUUCGAGGUGCUCUCUGUUCUAGCAGCAAAUGUCAUGAAGACUGCAACGUUUUUUCGAUCCUCCUUGGCCUCCUCCUGUGUAUAUGUGACUCAGGUAGUGAAGCAUCAGGCUCGCGGGUCACUACAGGCUGCACCAAUAGCCUCGCUUCGUCUCCCGGGAUCAUGGUUGCUAUUGGCCCCACAGGAGCGACUUGUGGAGCAAGUUAUACUGAAACCGGCCACGGCAACGUUGAACGCGGGUGUAAUUUAA